GGGGUAGGCAAUACAGUGCGGUUUGUUAGUUUAUAUUAGUGCAGUAAGAAGACGCGUAUUUCGGAUACGUUGUGGUUACAUUCAGUUAUAACGGAGGGCCACAUUUGAGGUACACUCACUCACUGUACGUGCAGGAUACGUUGACCGCUUGGUAACACGCACAACCACUGUCAGUGAUUGAAAACUACGCGGGAGGAGAGCCGUGGCGUGGGAACCGGGUUCAGUGUAAUAAAAUACGCCGGACGUCAGCCUUGUCGACAUGAGUAAGGACGGAGAUGGCGAGGUGGACCUGAAGGAUGUGGAGCUGAACGAGGUGGAGCAGGAGAAGCAGCCGAUGACCGAUGGAGCGGCCGGGAAUGAGCUGGCAACGUCCCCCAGCAGCACGGAGAAGAACGGCUGCGUCAAGGUCAAGAUCCCCGAGGAGGCGGAUGCAAAGUUCACGGGCCUCUCCAAGGAGGAGCUCCUGAAGGUGGCUGGAACUCCAGGGUGGGUGAGGACCCGCUGGGCCCUGCUCAUCCUCUUCUGGCUGGGUUGGAUUGGGAUGCUUGCAGGAGCAGUUGUCAUCAUCGUUCAGGCCCCAUCCUGUAAGCCGCUGCCCACCUUGAACUGGUGGAACAUGGGGCCCCUCUAUCAGAUCGGGGAUCUGAAGGCUUUCAGCGAUGCUGGGAAUCUGAGAGGAGUGGAGGAGAAGCUUGACCACUUAAGUCAGCUGAAGGUGAAGGGACUGGUUCUGGGCCCCAUCCAUGUGGCUGCCAUGGACAAACUGGCAACUCUAGAGUUUGAGGAGAUCUCUUCUGAUGCAGGAACCCUGGACCAGUUCAACAGCCUCAUCCACAUGGCGCAUAAGAAAGGAAUCUCUGUGGUCUUGGACCUCACACCCAACUACUUGGGCAGGGUGCCAUGGUUUGCCAAUUCAACUGUCACCAGUGUGGCCGAGAGGCUCAAGGUUGCCCUGGUGUUCUGGCUCAGCCGGGGUGUGGAUGGGGUUAAGCUUUCUGGGAUUGACCGCGUUACCUGGCUGGUUCCAAGCCUCUGGUCAGACAUCAGGGCUAUUGUGCAGAACUCAACCCAGGAGAAGAAGAGGGUUCUGAUAGGUGUGACAGACAGGAGGGACACUGUUGAGGUCUCCAGGCUUCUGAACCACUCUGGAGUGGAUUUGCUUCUGUCUGAGGUCCUGCAACCCAGCAGCCAUUCCCCUAGUGAAUGUGCUUACACUGUUCAGCAACUCUACUCCACCCAGCCCCAGACCCAGCUGGCCUGGAAUGUGGGAGGCAGGACACAGGGUCACCUUGCCUCCCUGGCUGGACCCGAUCUGGUUCAGCUCUACCAGAUGCUACUGUUCACUCUGCCUGGCACACCAGUGUUCAACUAUGGAGAUGAAAUUGGACUGGAGGACCAGCAGGACACGAAGUUUCCCAAAAUGCUGUGGGACACUAAGGAAUUAGGAGAGGAUAUAAAUGAGACUGUAAAGGCUGAGAGAGAACAGAGGCUUGCCUUCAGCAGUUUCUUCAAGAGCUUGAGUGACUUGCGGACUAAGGAGCGCUCGCUCAUCCAUGGGGACUAUCUGUUGCUCCACAAUGACACCACCUCGCUGGCCUACCUGCGCUAUUGGGACCAGAGUGAACGCUACCUGCCUGCCUUCAACUGGGGGCCUGACCCAGCCACACUACGCCUGUCCCACUCAGAACUGCCUGCCCGGGCCACCGUGCGCCUCAGCACGGAUCCGGCCAAGCACAAAACUGGCAGCGAAGUGGACCUGACUGCCCUAGAACUGGAGCCUAGACAGGCAGUUCUGCUCCACUUCCCCUUCAGCUCCUAGAGCCAGAAGGGUGUUGAGUGUGUAGAUGUUUAGUGAUCAUUUUAGCUUGUAUUCUCCAGUAUAGUUUUGGGCAUUCAUGACUUGUGGUUACAUGUGUUAACUCAUGACUCUGAAGUCCAUUCACUUAUUUAUUUUUUAUCCAUUUUCUUACUAAGUAAUGGUCUCAAAUUCUUUAUCAUUCCAAGCAGUAGUGGAUAUGUGUUAAAUGAUAAAAACUGGUGGCUUUAGUGAUGCAAGUUGCAAGUACUGUGGAUAUCAAGUAGCUGUAGUGUUUGGAACUAGUUUUGCAAAAUUUGAUUUGGAUAAUGUACUCUAGUACAAAAGAUAUGUCCUGAAUUAAACACUUCGUGG